ACGUGACGUGUUCCAACUCCGGGCGGAAGCCCGCGGGAGCGCGCAGAGUCCCGCUGAAAAAUGGCUGCUGCAUUGGGCUGUACUGCACCCGCGAGCAGGCUGUAGGGCCCGCGUCACUCCGUCCCUGCUGAUCCCUUACCAUGAGGCCGGUGAGUCGCCGAAACCUGGACUGGACUUACUCCUUGUUGCUACUUGCAAUCGUCUUGCUCUCUUGGGGAUUCGUCAUAUAUGCAUCAACUGUGGCUGCUCUACGACAGCUGCAGAAGGAGUUUCCAGACAAGUUCUUCUGAAUGAACUUUUGUAAUUCUUAGCAAACAAUUCUUUUCCUCAAAUGGCCCCUAUGUAGAUUCAAAAGUAAAAUUCACAAUACAAA